CGCUCUACCGCUCUCAAACGUGAUUGUUUAAUGCUCCCGUCUGUGAUCUAAUGUUUAAAGUUUAUUAAAUACCGUAAGAGUAUGCGUGAAAUUUGCAAUUGACAACCGAGACGCGCUCUGCUGUUUAUUGAAUUGGCCUCUCUGUGUGCGUGUGAGUGUGUGUGUGCAUGAACUGUGUGAGUGUAUGUGUACGUCGAAGCCAGUGUAAUUUGUUGUAAAUAGCAUAGUCUAAAUAAGUUUAACUGCGUGCGCUGCGUUACUGUUCAAAUAGAAAGUGGUAACGACCGCAGCAGCAGCAACAACAACAACAAACGCAGCGUCAGCAGCUGAAAAAGGCAUUGGCAAAAAAAAAAACAACGAGAAAAAAAUCAAAGCGACGUGUAGACAGUAGCCGUCGCAGUUUCAGUCUCAGCUCACCCUCACAGCUGUAAAUCUGAAUUGUCGCCCACGCAGAGCAGACGUCAUACAGCACCUCCCCCUAUAUACGCCAUACUGCGUAACGGUACAUUUGCAUUAACGGUAGAUGCCUGGCUGUUCGUUUGUCUGAUAAAACCGCCUGAGUGUCUCACUUGCUCGCACGCUGUCUAUCAAAAAGCUAUUCUGCUGCCGCCAAUGCUCUGCUUCUUCUUCUUCUUCGUAGACAAUUCAUACGCCACAUUUACUGUGCUGUGUGCUGUCGGCGUUGACGUCGCUGCGUUUUAACUUGUCACGCUGUGAUUUUCGUUUGAUUUAUUUAACAGUUCUCGCGUAACGUCUAAUAGCUAAGCAACUAAAUACUGUAGUCGAAGUACAAUAAAUGACAAAAACUAAAUACUCAUAACGGUAAAAAAUGCAAUUGCUUAAAUAGAAAUUGAUGCUGCUACUGCGGAGUGCGCCUGCGUUCUUUUUUUUUUGUGAAUGUGCAUGAGUGUGUGUGUGUGCGUGUGUGUGUGAGUGUCUAACUGCAUAUGUUUAGUAGCCGGCAUAAAAGUCUGCGCGCGGUUAAACAGCUGAGCGGCGCCUUUUAAAUACAACACACAUACAUAGGGGAACUUUAAACCAAACGGCUAACAAAAUGUAUCGAAUCGGUCCAAUUGGGCGUAAAUCAAACUUCCAUUCGCGCGAGAAAUGUCUGAUUGGCCUCGUGCUGGUGACGUUGUGCUUCCUCUGCUUUGGCGGCAUAUUCCUGCUGCCGGAUAACUUUGGCAGCGAGCGCGUGCUGCGCGUCUACAAGCACUUCCAAAAGGCCGGACCCGAAAUUUUCAUACCAGCACCACCGCUGGCAGCGCACGCUUCGCGCGAUGAGGAUCCGCAUAUAAUGGGCGAUCGCGAGCGCCUGCAGCAGAAGAUACGCGCUGAACUGGGCGACAUACUUGAAGAGCCGCAGGCAGCGGCGGCAGCCAUCGGUGUGGCACCGCCCAAUGAAGCUGCCGAUGCUGAGCCCGUACCAGUGGCGCAGCAAGAGCAACCUGUGGAGCAACAGCAGCCGCCCUUGGCGCCCGCUUCAGCAGCGCAGCCAGAUGAUACAACGAGCAAUAAUAACAACAAUGCAGCCUACGCUGCUUCAGCACUGAAACUGCCAAUGGGCAUGGGCAGAGAAUUGGAGCCAAGCAUGCAGGAGAAGCGUCUGAAAGUUAAAGAGAUGAUGGAGCACGCCUGGCACAAUUACAAGCUCUACGCCUGGGGCAAGAACGAGUUGCGUCCUUUGUCGCAGCGUCCGCACUCGGGCAGCAUUUUCGGCUCGUAUGACUUGGGUGCGACCAUUGUGGAUGGCCUGGACACGCUCUAUAUUAUGGGGCUGGAGAAGGAGUACAAGGAGGGCCGCGACUGGAUUGAGCGCAAAUUCUCGCUGGACAACAUUAGCGCGGAGCUGUCGGUGUUCGAGACAAAUAUUCGCUUUGUGGGCGGCAUGUUGACGCUCUACGCCUUCACUGGCGAUCCGCUGUACAAGGAGAAGGCGCAGCAUAUUGCCGACAAGCUGCUGCCUGCGUUUCAAACGCCCACAGGCAUUCCCUACGCACUGGUCAAUACCAAAACGGGCGUGGCCAAGAACUACGGCUGGGCCUCGGGCGGCAGCUCGAUUCUCUCCGAGUUCGGCACGCUGCAUCUGGAGUUUGCCUAUCUGAGCGACAUCACUGGCAAUCCGCUGUAUCGCGAGCGUGUGCAGACCAUACGUCAAGUGCUCAAGGAAAUGGAGAAGCCCAAGGGACUGUAUCCCAAUUUUCUGAAUCCCAAAACAGGCAAAUGGGGGCAAUUGCACAUGUCGCUGGGCGCCUUGGGCGACAGCUACUACGAGUAUUUGCUUAAGGCCUGGCUGCAGUCCGGACAGACGGAUGAGGAGGCGCGCGAGAUGUACGACGAGGCGAUGCUGGCGAUUAUUGAUAAAAUGGUGCGCACCAGUCCCAAUGGCCUGACCUAUGUCUCCGAUUUGAAGUUUGAUCGGCUGGAGCAUAAAAUGGAUCACUUGGCUUGCUUCUCAGGCGGCCUAUUUGCACUUGGGGCUGCAACUCGCCAGAGCGAGCAUACGGAUAAGUAUAUGGAGGUCGGCAAGGGCAUCACCAAUACCUGCCAUGAGAGCUACAUACGUGCGCCCACCCAACUGGGACCGGAGGCUUUUCGCUUCAGCGAUGCGGCUGAGGCACGUGCUCUGCGCUCCCAGGAGAAGUACUACAUACUGCGUCCGGAGACCUUUGAGAGCUAUUUCGUGCUCUGGCGCUUAACGCACGACCAGAAGUAUCGCGACUGGGGCUGGGAUGCGGUGCAGGCGCUGGAGAAAUAUUGCCGCACUCCGCAUGGCUAUUGUGGACUACGCAAUGUCUAUCAGCAGGAUCCGCAGAAGGACGAUGUGCAGCAGAGCUUUUUCCUAGCCGAAACGCUCAAGUAUUUGUACUUGCUGUUCUCGGACGAUUCGGUGCUGCCAUUGGACGAGUGGGUAUUCAACACGGAGGCGCAUCCGCUGCCCAUCAAGGGAGCCAACAUUUACUAUCGCCAGGCGCCAGCUGCGCAGCCCGCCUCGAAUGUCUCAUAAGUUGCAGGAGCAGGAGCAGUCGCAGGAAGCAGU